UGACAAACAGGGAGGAUGUCUGGUUUGCGAAACUUAGGGCUGGCUGUAGCUAUGCUGGCUGCCUCUGGCGGUGCAGCCCUGGUCACCUGGAGCUACAUUUUAGCUCAACGAAGGAAAGAGGAGCAGAAAGAAGAUGUAGUUGCCAAAGUGGAGCAGAAAGAAGAUACUGCCAAAGAGGAGCAGAAAGAAAAUGUUGUCAGAGAGGAUCACCUUCUUUUAGAGAGUGAAAUGGCAGCUAGGUGCAUGCUACUCGCUGCAAGAGAGCAGCCUCAGAAAGAACCUCAGACAAGGAAGCAGCAGAUCUUAGUUCUGGGUUUAGAUGGAUCCGGAAAGACAAGCGUUCUUAACUCCAUUGUGACCAACAGAGGGAACCACAGUACAGUACCAACAGAAGGAGUUCAUGCAGUGUGCAUAACCAACGGAAAUUCCAAAAUGGAGUUCUUAGAAGUCGGUGGUAGUGAACAAUUGCGCCAGUUCUGGGAAAGAUACCUUGAUAGAGCCCUUGCCCUCAUUUAUGUUGUGGACUCAUCGGAUCACAGUCGUCUUCCACUUGCUAAAAUGCAUCUUCAUCAGCUUAUUCAGCACAGUUCUUCCCUUCCCUUGGUUGUCCUUGCUAAUAAACAGGACCUUGAAAAUGCAUAUCACAUCACUGAUAUCCAUGAUGCUCUUGCACUGUCAGAGAUAUGCGAGAAGAGGAAGCUGUAUUUAAUCGGCACCCAUGUGGCAACGGAUGGCUCUGAAUUACCAUCAAGUAUUGAAGACACACGGGAAUUACUUGCACAGCUUCUUUUAGAAAUUCACUGACAAAAACCAGACUCCGUUGUCCAUGAGAAAAUGCCAAAUGUAUUCCUCUUAAACUCCACUUGCAUUAACCUCACUAGGAACAACCAAUUUAUAUAUCACACUGGAGCCCAACUAGUUACAUACAGCAUGAUGCACUAAUACUUUCUUGACAUAACCCUGCCUUUAGGGCAUGAAAGGAAAUAUGGGGGAAUCCCUUAAGCAUAAAGCAGAAUACUUCAGGAACCUAAGUAAUAGGACCUUAGAUAAAUGAAAUUAUUUUUAUUAGCAACGUUUUCUUAUGUUUCAUUGAAUCUCACAUACAAGAUUUUAUAAUGGCUGACUCCAAAAUGGAUAAAGAAAACUGUAAAACAAUCAACAUGGAAAAUGUAUUUACUUUUUAUGAAGACUUCAUAGUAGUAAGCUACCUAAAGGAGCAAAUACAUAUAGCUGGUGAUCCAGAUAAUGCACAAGAAGCAUAUUGUUCAUUCUGAAUUUUUUAUAGAAGAGUUUCUCAGAAUCUGGUACAUGUUUUCAAGGGAUCACUGAGACUCUUGGCAGGGAGUAUAAUUUCCUGGCUACUAAAAGAUACUUGGAAGAUCACUAUUCUUCUUUAGUCUUAAAGUAUAUCAUUGAAUAUAAAAAAAAAAAAA